AUGGUGGAGUCUGCCUGCCUUCAACAUCAUACAUCCACCACAAGAACAAAUAGAAAACCUGAUUGGUCUCAACUUCCUACCGACAUUUAUGAAGUGAUUUUAUCAAAAUUACCCUUGAGAAGCAUACUGCGCUGGAAAGCAGUUUGUCAUUCAUGCUAUAAUGUGACCAAAGAUAUCUUAGAGACAUCCACGUCAUUCACUUGGUUAGCUGAAGCCCCCUGGCUUCUUCUUUACCAAGAUAUUGAUCAUGACGAUUUGGAGGACGUUGACGAUGAUGCUGGUCAUGAUGAAGGGUCCCUUUUUGAGAAAAUUAUCGAGGAAGAAGAGGGCCUUAGCAUUGAUAGGGAAGAUACCCUCUUAAGGAGGAAGAAGAAGCCCUUUGUUUUUUAUAAUCUUGAAGGCAUAAAGUUUUCCAAGUCGAAGAACAGCAUACCUGAGGAGUUACACCAUGGUGCUUUCCUCGGAUCUUCUCAAGGUUGGCUGCUUUUCUUGAACAAGAAGCUAGAGUUUGUGCUCGUGAAUCCCUUGUUAUCUGGGACGUCUCAACUUUCACUCCCGCCGCUCUCUGAUUUUCCAGAUAUAAUUAACAUAACAUAUGAUCUUGAUGGCCCCAUAAUCACAGGCACCAUACGUGAAAGACAUUCAUAUCCUGCAAUAAGGAUUUUCACAUCCUUGGAGGAUUUUUGGAAAAGGUUCAGGACCAAAGUUGUAGUGUGUCCGCAGCCGACUUGCAGCAGCACCAGCAGCAGCAGGAGCAGGAACAACAUUUUUGGGGUCAUGAUCAUGUACUGUAUCGUCAAUAAUCCACGGCUUGCAGGAGAAUACAAUCUUGCAUUCUGCAAGACUAAUGGAGAUCUUACAUGGACAAAACUUGAUGAGCACAGAGGAGGUUAUACAGAUAUUAUGUGGAAUCAUAAUCAGUUGUAUGCCUUACGCAGCAAUCGUAGUACUGUUACAGUGUGGGAUUUUACGAAUUCCAUAUUUCCCAUUUAUAAGACUGAUAUUGAAGCUGAUGCAGGUGCAAUCCAAAGAACUGUCCAUCAUGAAUCAUACCGAACUUACAUAAUCAAGACAGUGGAAGGUCUGCUCCUGGUUUGGAGGACUUGGAGGACUAACAGCCCCGAUAGAUUCCAUGCGUUUAAGCUGGACUAUUCUGAUGGGAGCUGCAGAUGGAUAGAGGUCGAAUCAAUUGGGAAUAUUGCAUUGAUUUUGGAUUCGAACGAAUCUAUAUUAAUCUCACCCCAUAAUGCUCCAGGAUGGGAUAAGAAUUCCAUCUACUUCGUGCGUAAGUUACCCAACAAUGCACGUGGUUAUGGCUUAUAUGUUUUUAGUUUGCACAAGAAAGGAUCCAAAAAGGUUAAGAAAAAACUCCACACUAAUUUGCCAUAUGGUGUUACAACCCCAGUUUUUUUGGGUUGAUUCUGUUUAAGGGCUCUGGUUUUAGCCAUUUUUGUUGGAACAUUCGUGGUCAUGAUCAUUUGUUUCUUAGUUAUAUGCAAUGUCAUUAAACCUUUGUCAUCAAUUUUCUUGCAGUACUCAAUUAGAUCGCUUUGUUGUUUCACUAUGAAGUUGAAUUUGUUUAGUCAUUA